CGAUUAAUCAUGGCGGAGUUGAAGGACUGUGAAGAAUUUGAGGUUGAUUUUCAAUAAAAAAAAAAAUGCCAGCUUGUAAAAUGAAAAUUAUCGGAGCUGCAUGAUUACAGGAAUAACAGUCCACCUCCUUUGAAGUUCAUGAUCCAGCAGGAAAGGCCGCAGCUGGCUGGCGCCAUGCCCGUGGUGUGGCCCACCAUCCUUGACCUUGGCAGAGAUGAGUGUAAAAGGAUCCUCCGCAAGCUUGAGCUCGAGGCGUAUGCAGGGGUUAUCACUGCUCUUCGAGCUCAAGGAGACCUCACUAAGGACAAGAAAGAUCUUCUUGGAGAGCUGACAAAGGUCCUCAGCAUUUCAACUGAGCGCCAUCGCGCAGAAGUCCGCAGGGCAGUGAAUGAUGAACGCCUAACUACCAUCGCAUAUCACAUGUCUGGGCCCAACAGCUCUUCAGAAUGGUCUAUAGAGGGGCGCAGACUUGUACCGCUGAUGCCUCGGUUAGUCCCACAGACAGCGUUCACAGUAACUGCUAACGCAGUGGCAAAUGCAACAGCUCACCAGAAUGCAUCUCUGCUCCUGCCUGCUGAAACAGGAAAUAAAGAAGUGGUCGUUUGCUAUUCGUAUACAAGCACCACCUCCACACCAACGAGUGCUACAGCGCCCAGUGGGGCUGCAGCGACUGCUGUUGUGAAGUCUCCCAGACCUGCAAGCCCAGCCUCGAAUGUUGUGGUCCUUCCCAGUGGGAGUACAGUCUACGUGAAGAGUGUGAGCUGUUCGGAUGAGGAUGAGAGGCCACGCAAACGGCGGCGCACCAAUUCAUCCAGCUCUUCCCCUGUAGUGCUGAAGGAGGUGCCUAAGCCAGUACCAGCCAUUUCCAAAACUAUUACAGUACCUGUCAGUGGCAGCCCCAAGAUGAGCAACAUCAUGCAGAGCAUUGCCAACUCUUUGCCACCCCACAUGUCACCUGUGAAGAUUACCUUCACCAAACCCACCACCCAAACCACCAAUACCACCACUCAGAAGGUGAUCAUUGUGACAACUUCUCCAAGCUCCAACUUUGUGCCCAACAUACUUUCCAAGUCGCACAAUUAUGCAGCAGUGUCCAAACUGGUUUCCACCUCCAUGCUGACUUCCUCCAGCCAGAAGCAGACUGUUGUUAUCCCAGCCAGCUCCAGUCCAUCACCUGUCCCUGCAACAGUCGCCGUGACCACUGUGGUGUCCUCCACACCUUCUGUGGUCAUGUCUACCAUAGCACAGGGUUCAUCUUCAGCAGCUGUCAAGGUGGCUACUGCAAGACUUCCUUCACCAAAGACCCUGGUGGGCUCCCCAACCCAGAUCCUGUCCCAGUCUCCCAAGCAGCUGCCACAGAGUUCCUCAAUACCUGCAUCAGGAGGUACUGCCCAGACUGCCACCACUGCUUCUGGCAGUAAGCCCACCAUCCAGAUUAAGCAAGAGUCAGGAGUGAAGAUUAUCACCCAGCAGAUGCAGCCUAGCAAAAUUCUCCCCAAGCCCUCCACAGCUGCCCUGCCCAGCACCACUGCCUCACCCAUCAUGGUUGUCAGCAGUAAUGGGGCAAUCAUGACCACCAAGCUGGUAUCUACUCCAACAGGUACUCAAGCCACAUACUCAAGGCCUGCCAUGAGCCCCAACAUUGGUGCUCGAAUGGCAACCUCACCAGGUGGGGCAACUUAUGUCAAGACCACCAGCGGUAGUAUCAUCACAGUGGUGCCAAAAUCUCUGGCCACUCUUGGGGGCAAGAUCAUCACCAGUAACAUAGUGUCUGGUACAACAACAAAGAUAACCACUAUUCCCAUGACCUCGAAGCCCAAUGUUAUUGUUGUGCAGAAGACAACUGGAAAAGGAGCUACAAUUCAAGGACUUCCUGGGAAGAAUGUUGUGACAACGUUGCUGAAUGCAGGGGGUGAGAAGACUUUGCAGGCAGUGCCUGGAGCAAAGCCGGCCAUCAUCACAGCCUCACGCCCUAUCACCAAGAUGAUCGUCACUCAGCCCAAGGGCAUGACUUCAGGAGUGCAGCCCGCCACUACCACCAAAAUCAUACCCACCAAGAUAGUCUAUGGACAGCAAGGAAAAACCCAGGUGCUCAUAAAGCCCAAACCCAUGACUUUCCAGACCACAGUGGUGAGUGAGCAGACCAGGCAACUGGUAAGCGAGACUUUGCAGCAGGUAUCCCGCAUUGCUGAGGCAAGCCCUGCUGCAAGCCACGAGGGGGCACCAAAAGAGGAGCCACAGGUCUAUGCAGAGAACAGUUCCCCACCUGCAGAGACAUCGCAAGGAAGCUCUCUUGACUCCCAGCCUGUUGUACAUGUCAUAACCUCAAGAGGGCAGGAAUGGACUGAGCAUGAAGUCUCUGUGGAAGCCAGCCCAACUAUUAUUUACCAGGAUGUGUCAGGAGAGUCCCAGUCUGCAACCUCUACAAUCAAAGCCUUGCUGGAACUGCAGCAGACAACAGUGAAGGAAAAGGCAGAGGCCAAACCGCGGCAGCACACCAUCGACCUGAGCCAGAUGGCCGUCCCCAUCCAGAUGGCACAAGAAAAAAGGCAAUCACCGGAGCCUGCGGUCCUACCCCCAGCAGAGCCUGAGCUUGUGCCUGAAUACAGCUGCUCAGGUAAAUCCUCCAAGAUGAGUGUCCCCUCCACAGGGAUGAGUGGUGGAGAUGUAGUGCUGUCAUCCACUCAGCAGCAGGGGGCGCCAUCCCAGAGCUCUGGACAGACUCCCGUUGUGGUCAAGUCCAUCCCGACAUCCUCAGCAGUGACAAUGACCCGCAUAAUGCACCAGGCUGUCUCAAGCCAGGUGAGCCAGAGCAAACAGCCGGAGGAGGUGGUGGUGGUAGAGGAGAGCGAGGUGGAGGGUGACACACUAGAUCCGCAGACAGGCCUUUUCUACCGGUCAUCUCAGCCUGCAGCUCAACCUCCAGUCCAGGCACAGACACAGGUGCAGCAGCACAAGAUGCCCCCUGCACAGCCAGAGCAGGGUCGACAUGCUCCUCACUCCACACAGCCAUCGCAGGGCAAAUUGAUCGGGAGUCAGCCGACCUCCUCUAAGACGCUGUUCCAGCCAGAGCAGCCAACACCGCCGCAGCCCAAACCAGCAAUCCCACAGCAGGUCCUGCUGAAGGAGAGGCCUGUAACAGGAGCUGGGUCUAGCUCCGGUUCAGGCACAGCAGUGGGAUCAGGGACAGGCUCCCAGGCUGUGGUGCAGGUGAUUGCAGUGAAGCCUCCGCACACUCCACAGCUUCCCAAGCUACAGCAAGCACCCAGCACACACAACCGACCCAUCCACACACAGCUCUCCCAGCCGCCCCCACUGCAGGCCCACCAUCCUGUGGCCUCGGACAAGCCUUCCCCCAGCCAGGUGCAGCAGCCAAUAAUCACCCAAGGUGCUACAGUCACCAAAAUUACCUUUGGGAGUCACCAGUCACCUCCAGUGACCAGCAGUGGGGAAGCUGUUGCCAGACUGCUCCCCGAGUCUAGCUCAGGACCCGGGCCUUCAACAGAAAAACCAUCGGUGUCAGACAUCCUGAAGAUCUCCAUGAUGGAGGCAGAGAUCGAUCCUGGGGCAGAGCCCAUGGUGGUAGAUUCUUCCAGUGACUGUGGUUCCUUCAGCAAAGCAGCAGGUCCUUCACAGGGUUCGAGUUCUGGCACGCUUAUCAGCAGCUCUGGCUCCUCCCUGCACCAUUCUGGUCAUGGGCAGUUCACCCGCAUCCAGAGCCUGCAGAAGAGCAAGGACGUGGAUGUGAUUCAGGUCAUUCCACAGUACUCCAUAAUGCCCGACUCAAGCCAGUCAAAUGUAGUGGUGGAGCCUAGUGGUUUCUUGGAGAUAACCAACUAUACCAGCCAGCGCCUGGAUGAGGAGAGUGUCAUGGAGCAAGAGGUGGACAGCAGCAACGAUGAAGGCGCAGCAGUCAGUCCUCUGGAGGGCUGCGCUGACCAGUCCCAGUGACCCAACACGCUGUGGGUUAGUGGAGUUGCGGCCGUGCCGCAGUGAUACUGUUGUGAAGCCCCCCUUCCGUUUGUUGUGCAUGUAUGUGUCUGAGAGGUGUUUUAUGUUUAUGUAUUUAUAUGAAGAGCAAUUUCUGUCAUCAAGACAACUCUAGGCUGCAAGGUGCUCCCCCCCCAGGAGAACAGAAGCUUGAAAGCCACCAACAUACAUUAUAGCCUAAAAGGGAAAGAAUGGAGACCAAAGUGAACUAUGGGUGGAACGUAGCCUGUAGCCAUCUGACAUUAUGAGAAAGGAACUGUAUCAAGGAAGACGCAACAACACAAAAGAAUAUAAACGUCACUUCAUCUCUUUUGUCUCUCUUUACUUUAUCUGCAAUUUGUGAUAAGCAGCAGUGUGCCUGAACUGAAAUGAUUGCUGUUGCAUUAUUUUUUCUUACUUUUUUUUUUUUUUUUUUUUAAAUCAUGGCAAUUUUCAAAAGUGUCAUAGGACAUAAAAAAAUGUUACCUUAUGUGGAAAUGUUUUGUUCAAAAACAGUAAUUCUAAUCCAUAAGUAGCAAAGGUUGAAGACUAUUAGUGUCACAUAUACUGACACCUGGUUUAAAUCUGUUAAAUCUUAAACUAACUGGGCAUCUCUAAUGAUAUCUGCUGCAUAUCCAAGAUUCUCUUGUUAGAUGUUCCAUGGUUUUGUGAUGUGUUCAUUUGUUUUUUUGCUACAAUACUUGUUUUGACAUUUUCUGUAAAUACAUAGCUACACAGCUGUAAGAAAAGCAAGAUACCAGGAAUUCAUUGCAAUUCUGAUUUCUUAAAUGAUUUUAGCAUCACACGCAGUGGAAAGCUUCACUAGAUUAGUCUCCUAAGCUUUAGCACUUUGCUAAAAACUGAUUACUGUGUUUUCCAACAGGCAAAAAGAUUACUACAGAUCUGUUCAAUGAUGUUUUUGUUCUGUGUUCUCACAAUGUAACAUUUAGUUUGGUAAAUGUAAGAAAUUUUCUACAAAAGCUUUGACUGAUCCUGUUAUGAGAUGAGAAUGUGGUUGAUACAGCUAUGUGUUGAAUACUAUGGAGGUUUUCUAAGAAUUAUAGAAGAGGGAAAA